CAUUGGCUGCCGCUCCGUUGCUAUUCUUGACCCAAGCCCACUUACUUUUCUUCAUAGAUUGGAAAUCGUGCAUAUGCGUGUUCUCGAAUGCGCACGUUCCUCUCUCUUGUCUCUUAUUGUAAUUCCAAGCGUGCAUAUUUCCUCGUCACAUUAUGACAACGCGAAAACGUAAGCCAGCAUUUGUGGUUGAAUGUUAAUAAGCUGUUUUUUUGCAAAAUAACGCCGUGUAUAAAAUAUUGGGCAAGUCUUGGGCAUUUGCAAACGGGACGUGAGAGAGAUGCGUAGUGCUUAUGCCAUUGACUUAAAUUAGAGAUAAAAAAAUCUAUCUGACAAUUGUGCUCGGCACAGACGCACACUGCCUCGCACACAUCAGUCGUGUUGAUUGGUCAACGGGCACCGCAAGAAACCAAAUUUCACUCGUGUCAGUCAUUGGUUUCGUUCUUGGAUCAAUAUCUUAUCGUUGGUUCACGAAUGUGCGCGGUCUAAUACGGGAGCUUGGAUAUUUCGACGGUGCACUGUGGAGCUCAUGGACAAGUGUGAAGGAUGGUUGUAAACCAUCGGCUGCUGUAUAGAAAUGUGUACAUCACUUUAUUUUUUUUUAUUUGGGGAGAUGAGCCUGAUUGCUAAUACCUGGUAAAGGGAAUAUCCUCGUAAUGCCACUCCCCAUCUUCGCUCACUCGCUCACUCUAUCCUCUGCCACUAUAAAAUUGUGCGACUUUGAUUUAUAAUCCCGAGGACAAUUAGUUAUUCAACACUGCAUCCUAUAGACCAUUGCCAGAGUCCAUCUGUUCACCUUAAUGCCGUGAAGGUUUUUUUUUUACUCUCGGCAGCUGCCAGUGUGUGAGCAAAGCCAGCUAUUUUUUUUUGGUUCAGUACAAGUUGUAAUUGCUCGCCUUAGCAGUUAGUGAAGGAAGAGAGCAACCUUGGGUCGCAUCCAAUGUUGUUCGGAAUGAUGUCCGACGUUUCACUUCACAUACUCAGAGCUUCUUCAUUUGAGUUCUUGAAGAAGCUCCGAUCACGAUGAGCGAAAUGUCGGAUAUAUUUUAGCCGGCACGGAAACACAUCGGAGAGGUAUAGAGCACAAACUGCGAAAACCUACGCUUGUGCUCUGGUCAGCUGAAAAUGUGUGUUGGCCAAAAAAAGAAUUGCACAAAAUAAAUGCUAAUGAUCUCAUUCAGCAUUUUUUUCCUAUUAAUCCCGAAUAAUAUAUUGCACUGUCAACACUAUUCGAUUGAGGCCGAGGCCAUACAUUAUUGUAUUAUAAAUAUAAAGUCUAAAUUAGUUAGUUGGCAGUGGAGAAAUGUUGGUGAUGCACGAUCGUGCUUGUGUGAAACAUUUGCUCAACAUUUAAAUAGCCGGCGCGUGCAAAGCAUCAAUUAUAUAGUAAGCCUCGCCGUGCGAAGAAACACAAAACACAACUUUUCUCACAUCUUCCACAACCCCCUAGCGCCCAACCAGCUCCGCCACCGCCCCCCACACACAAAGCAUCGCAUAGGGCCCAUGAGAUGUGUCGAAAUGCCAGCGGUGACAACGGUUGCAGCUGCUUGGAACACGUGCUACAGACAACACAUGCUUGGUCACGUGGGUCCCUCCGCACGGCUCAUAGAAAGGGGGCUCCCUGCAUCCCUGGUUGAAGCGGUGGGCUCACUCGUGGCCGAGAUGAGCGUGGGGCUUGCACGCUGAUCUUCGGUCGAGUGCCUCCAAAGUUUUUUGAUAUUCUUCUCCCGUAGUGCAAAGGCGAAUAUUAUUCACCUCUGCUCUGGCUCCUGGGUGUACAUCAUCAGUGUCUCGUGGUCAGACGGAAGUUCGCAGGCCAUCUUCAGGCGCUACAGCAAGUUCUUUGACCUCCAGAAUUGUUGGCCGGUUGGGUGAGAAGAGAGAGCGCUGGACAUCACACAUUGUAGCCCACCAAAGAUGCAGCUGUUGGACAAGUUUCCAGUGGAGGGAGGGCAGAGAGACCCCAAGCUGAGGACAAUCCCCUUCUUGCCAGGGAAAAUCCUGUUUCGGAGGAGCCACAUCCGCGAUGUGGCAGUGAAGAGGCUGAAACCCAUCAACGAGUAUUGCAGGGCUCUGGUGCGAUUGCCUGCCCACAUCUCGCAGUGCCCCGACGUGCUCAACUUCUUCGAGACCAAGCCCGAAGACCUCAAUCCACAGCGAGGGGAGAAUGAUAAGAAGAGAAAUUCCCAAGACGGGGACACGGAGGGCGACGCGGACGACAUGUGCGUGGCGGUGGCCGACUACGAGCGGCAGCAGGGCGGCGAGAUCAGCCUGCACGCGGGCCAGCCCGUCGAGGUCAUCGAGAAGAGCGAGACCGGCUGGUGGUUCGUGAGCAGCUCCGACGAGCAGGGCUGGGUACCGGCUUCCUUUCUCGAGCCGCAGAAGGAGACCCAGGAUGAGAUCGUCGCCAACGGAGGGAGCAAGACGGGAGAAGUGGCUAAGCGGCGAAAGCCGCACUUGAAGAGGCUGGAUCGGCGCUGGACCCUAGGGGGCUUCACGAACCGGCACCAGAGCAGAGAAGAGCGGUGCCUGGCAGUGCAGUCGUACACGGCGCAGGACAAGGAUGAGAUCAGCUUUGAGAAGGGAGCCACCCUAGACGUCCUCCAGCAGGACACCGAGGGCUGGUGGCUCGUCAGACACCAGGGCCGGCAGGGCUGGGCGCCGGCCUCGUGCCUCCAGAAGGUCCCGGAGGAGCCGGCCACCCGCCGCAAGACCACCUUCCACCCGGUGGAGAUCAUCAGCACCAUGAUGGAAGUCAGCAACCUGCCCGGGCGCCAGGCCUCACCGGGCAAGGAGCCACCGCCCGCCAAGGAGGGGAGCCCCAAGCCGACGCCGGCGCCCAAGCCGACCGCCAAGUGCGCCGAGCCGGCGGGCUGUGGCACCGAGAAACGCGCCCCCGGGUCUCCCGCCGUAGCAAGAAUCGCCCCGCAGAGGCCUGCGACAGGCUCUCCUGAGCUGUACAAGUCCGUUUCCCCAAAACGCGAUGCCAGUUUGGUGAGUGUAGACUUGCAGGCCAGGGGGCUGCAGCUGCCCAAGCCUCCGGCACCCCCCCCGGUGGAAAUGGAGUAUUACACCAUCGCCGAAUUCCAGACGACCAUUGCCGACGGCAUCAGUUUCCGUGCCGGGCAGCGCGUCGAGGUGAUCGAGAAGUGCCCGAGCGGCUGGUGGUACGUGCAGAUCGGGCGCGACGAGGGCUGGGCGCCGGCGUCCUUCGUGGAGAAGCGGAAGAAGACGAACCUCGUGCGGCGCAACAGCAACAUCGCGAGGCCCAAGGUGCCGCCCCCGGCGCCGCCCGCGCAGUCGCGCGGCUCCUCCGGCUCCGACGAGCGUCGGAACUCGGAGGUGGACGGCCGCUCGGGGGCGUCGAGCAGCGUGGGCGGCGCGUCGUCCGAGAGCAACGACAGCGACUCGCACAUCUACGACGUUCCCGCCGUCGAGGAGGCGAGCGCCCACUAUGAGAACGUGGAGCUGUCGCCGCGCGGCUCGCCGGGCCAGUACCGCGCGGUGCGCGCCAAAGGCGACCGUGCCCCGCCCGGCGCCCAGCCCUCGCCCGUCAAGUCGUCGUGGGCGCGGCCGGGAGACGCGUCGCAGAACUCGCCUCUCGGCUCCAAGUACGCCUCCGCGGUUUCCACCGGCCCCGGCUCGCUGACGAAGCGGCCGAGCUUCCUGACGUCGGCGUCGGGGUCGCGGGACGAUCCGAAAGCCGCCGCGGUGACCGUGAGCCCCUCCGUCGUCCCUUCGUCUUGCCACGGCACGCCGAAGUCCCCGCUGGUCGUGCUCCCCAAGUUAUCCGCGGCGGCGGCGGCGGUAGUGGCGUCGCCGAAAGCGCAAAAGGUGACCGCGAGGCCGAGGCUGGGGAAAGACGACUCCUCGGAGGAGAUCUCCGGGGGUGUUCUCGACGCCGCUCCGGGGCUGCCGUCGGUUUGCCGAGCGGAUUCGUUGGAGGAGUCGUCGAGCGACAACGAGAGGAGGGAUGUGAGCAGCCCAGCGAAGCCGGCGGUCCGGCCAAAGCCCGCGACGCCGUCGCCUUCGAAGGGCUUCCCGGGCAAGGUGGAAAUGUUGGGCCUUCGAAAUAGGCUCAAGCCCGUGCACCAGACCUCAUCCGAUGGCACGGACGUCCCUCCCGAAAGGAGGGAGGAUAGGCCGUCGAACGGGAGCCGGUCGGCGGCCACGUCAGACUGCCACAGGGGCGUGCGGAGGGUGGCCUCGGAUGAAGCGCAGUUGCCGAACGGAGCGGCGACAGCGGCGGCGGGCUCCAGGAGGCACGGUGGGCCGGAACUGCGCAGGGCGGACGCUUGCGGCGGCGGCGGCCCCAAGCCGUCGAACCACACUGGGUCGGAGAUCUUGACGAAGUCGGAGCUGGGCGCGGGCGCCGGGGAGGUGUACAGGACCAUCGCCAGAUUUGAGAGCGUCCAGAGGUCUCAGGUUGGCUUUGAGAUCGGCGAGGAGGCGGAAGUGAUUGAGAAGCGGGACGAAGGCUGGUGGUUCGUGCGGCUCCGCGGCGAGGACGGAUGGGUUCCGUCUACGUACCUGGAGCCAGUUGAGCAGAGGGAAGGGGACACGCUCUUCGAGGGCGCGGCGCGAGGAAUGGCCGCGAGCGGUGAUGGCGAUCGAAGGGCAAAGCUGGCAAAUAACGGCAUCCCGCCAAAACGGCCGCCCCCACCGAAGAGGCCUUCAGUGGGCACGGGGAAGCCGAUGGCCGCCGUGAACGCGUCGGUGCAGCCUCAGGCGACUCCGGUGAAACUCUCCAAUGGCUCCCUGCAAUCGGGACACUUGGGCAGCGCCGCCUCGCAGCAGCAGCAGCAGCAGCAGCAGGGACGCGGCGACGCCAAGAGGAGCGCCAACGGGCGCGAGGGCGGCGGCCGGCAGGCGAUGGCGGCGGCGGCGGCGGCGGCGGUGAAACGGAAUGAAUCGUUUCAGGCGGGCUCGACGUCGCGCCCAUCCGUGCAGGUGCGACGCAACGUCUCCUUCAACGGGCCCAAGCCUUGGGGCAGCGCCGGCAAAGCGGAGCAGCUCGCGACGUCGAACGCGGCAGCCGUAGUCGCGGCGGCCGCGGCGGCAGCGGCCGCGGCGGCCGGAGGGGGAGCUGCCAGGCCGUCGUGGGGCCGCGCCAAGUCCGAGGCUGGGGCGGCCGGGGGAAAAAGGCCCGCGGCUCGUGCCAUAGCCAUCUCGAUCUCGAGGCCGGUCGGCAGGCCCGAGGAGGUGUUCGUGGCGAUUGCCGAUUACGCGGGCGACGAGGAGACGAUGGGACUGCUGGAGGGGUCGUCGCUGGAAGUGAUCGAGCGAAAUCCGAACGGAUGGUGGUACUGCAAGGUGCUGGAAGGAGACGAGGAACGGGAGGGGUGGGUGCCCUCCAACUACUUGGAGAGGAAGAGCUAAGCUGGAGGCUUACAAUUUGGGGGGCACUAACAUUGUGGGUCUUUUAUUCUGCGGUAUUUCUGAUUUUGGGGCCUUAUUUUAAAAUUUUAAGAUAUUUUUUUGCUCAUUUAAGUUGUGGUGAAACAAAAAAAAUUCCACAUGCAUAUUACAAAUUACCAAGAAUUCCUUUUCAAAAGUAGCAGAUUUAUAAGGUUACUUUAGUGUUUAUACCACACCAAAUCCUUCUAUCUCUCGGUGUCUCUUGUCAUUCAAAGCAUGAGAGACAGCAUGAGGAAAUGUAUGAUCAGGAAACAAUCACGUUGCCUGUUAAGCACAAUAAGUGGGCUUGGACAGGACACAUCCCUUGAAGGGAUCUUGAUUGAUAGAUGAGACUGGUGAUGGACUGGGAGCCAAUGGAGAGAAAGGGUCUGAAAGUGUGACGACUGCAGAGAGGGAACGAUGAGAACGUUUCACGUGCAGGAGCGAGAUGGAUUGAGGUAUUGCAGAACCAUGGAGGAUGGGACAGCAUGGCUGUUGAUGACAGUGAUGAAAUCCGUCUCACGGUUUAUUGUCGGGUAAGCACAUGACAGUUGUAGAAUGCCGGCAGUGAAUAUAAAAAAAAAAUACCAACUGUACUUGAGUGUUUUAAAGUUGCUUAGUACGUUUGGAAUUUGAAAUAGCAUUCACUAGUUAAUUCUUGGUGCACAUUGCAUUUUACGACGAAUUGUUUCGUUGCAUUUUGGCCGCGAUAUGGGUUAUUUUGCACAGUUGUUGGUGCUACUCAUGAAUUGAGUCUUUGAUAUUGUCUGGGUCUAAAUUUUGCAAUUGAGGAAAAUAUAUUUCGUGUGUACAAACUGAUGUAAAUUAAAUUAGAAUGGAGAACUGCUGAAAUUGAAAUUACAAUUUUAUUUUAAUUUAUGCAAAAAAUAGCAUUACUUUUCUACUCAGAUAAUGUUACUUGAAAAGGUAGCCGAAGUAACAUGGUAAAGGUGUUGCAUUUGACCUCUCGCUGUCGCAGGAGGUCAGACGUUUGGCGCAACGGACCUCCGCUGACUGGGCGUGGUGAGUAAACGAAUUGCAUUAAACUCUCCAGAUCUGGAAUCUGGUUUCUAAAGUAAUUAUUUGGCUCAUGUUAUCGCUUACAUUUGGUGGCUGUUCUGCAUUCUGUUUCCUCUGAAGAAUAAACAGUCGAGGCUUUUUUUUCUGGAAUGAAGGUCACUAACAGGUCAGCCACCGCAAGUUCAUUUUUUUUCAAUUUGUGAAAAAAAAAUGUAUGUCGCCUUAUUGAAAUUAUAAACUGGGUGGCGUUUUGCAAGUGACGACCACUCGGUAUUCCUAUGGCAGGGGCCAGCUUCGCACAGGAUAAUCAUUGUUGACAAUAAUAGUUGUCAAACCACGAGUGACUGAAACUGGACUCGGUUGUCAGCGGUGCUGACUACUGAGGCACCAAAUGACCGCCUUGCCAUAUCCAAACAAACAGCGGGGAUAGAACGUGUUUUGUCUCGGAGCAGAGCAAUGCCCAAAUGAUAAGUGCUUUGAUUUAUCAUUGCCGUUAUCCUUGAAGGAUUGUUAUUGUUGUUAUAAAGCACAGCUUCGCAGGGGUUAAAAUCUGAGCUCGUGCAGAAAAAAGCCACGUGACGUCACUGCUCAACGUGGCCAGGGUCUUUUGAGUUCACUCUGUCAUCUCCAUCCUAUCGCAUUGUUAUCUGCUUUCUGUAUUUUGAUACAUCUGUUGGGGCCAGCGUUCUCCCAGCUCUGGCCACAACAACGACAAAAAAAACCCAUGAUUGAUUGUAUGCCUCGAGCACUGAAUGUAUACAUGGCCAAUUUGAUUAGAGACGGUGAUAUCCACAGUGAGUUGCAAAGGAACCAAAAAAAAAAGGUGGAAACAAACUAAGUGAGAAAAAAUAAUUUUAAAACCCCAAGUGUAAAUGUAGCUAAAGCUUUAAGAAAAUUCAUGAUAGGAAACCCACAUUGAAUGCUUUAUUUCCACUUCUUUUUCUUGGGUGCAUAAAGGUUGCAAUCAAAUGCAACCAAGAGUGUAUUUCAAGGCUCGUAUAUGUGUACCAUAUCUUUAUCCCAUUGAUGUAAUAUAGCUCGCCUGUUUUCUUUUCCAAAUGUAAUACCAUUAUGUUACUUUAAAGGCAUGGUACGAAUAGGUGAUUCCAUAUGCUGAAGAUGUAUGCAUUUGCUUUUGAAUACCUACGCAAAUAGCUUAUGUUAUACUUUGCAGUCGACGCAUCUUUGUAAGUAAGAUAUAAAAUGUAUAAUACUCGCUCUCACUUCGUUACUCAUGGAUGAUUUUUUCUCCAAUGUAUUAGUAAGGUUCGGCGGGCCAUUGUUGUGCUGUUAACAUACGAUAGUCUUUGAAAACAUUGGUAAGUUAAGCAUUUUAUUAUUAAUUUAAGUAACAAUUUAUCAAGCAAGACUUGGAAAGAAAUGUUUGGCUGAAGGCCAUUAUUUUACUGACUGGCCUUAUUGAUUUUUCUACCUUGGGCAGUUUUUAAUAAAACAAUUACACAUUCUCAAUGGCAAUCAAUAUUUAAUAUUAAAAAACAAUUCCUUUCAAAUGUAAAAAAACAUUACUUUUUGGGGGGGAAUAUAUCCACGGUCAUCAAAAGUGGAUAUACCAAGCCAUAAAAAUACUAUCAUUGGGAACCCAUGUGACACUUGAGAAGAAUAAGUCAAACAUUUAACACAGGCCAGCGACCAAAACCUCUGCGUACAGAUCUACUUUGUAUGCAUUCAGCCUAAUGUUGCGGCUACUAUCACUGUGCAGAGGCACCGUUGCUCAGUUCCUACAUGAAGUUAAUUUCCUGAUUUGGCAUUUGAAUAAAUUGGAAUUGAAAACAAUGGGAUCUAAUUCCAACGCGUGUCCAAGAUUGCCGUGUUUCCGAGGGAACCUCCUUUCCUGGGUGCUACGCUUUGUGUUCAGCCUUGGAACUCCGGGUGUGAUGGCAGGCUGCAAUUCGAGUGAUGCAGAUUAUCCAUGUUGGUGGUAAUUGAAAGGUUACCACUGACAUUUUUAAUACAUAAAUGAUGUUGAGCUGGUAUAGUAGGUUGAGCUGUAAGGGUAAAAAAACGAAUUUGUGAGUGAUAUCAAUCGAGAGUGGAGUUAGAAAAUCCAUUCGGUUUUUCACAGUGCAAGGAAUGACAAUUCUACAUCAAUUUGGGCCAAAAUGUGUACGUGUGAGAUUCACCUGAGCUGGCAGCUUACAUUGAAUGGCACGGGUUAAAACUCUAGGUGGAAUGAUUCAUCCUCUCCAUGACAACUGAAUGAAUAUUUGACUCGAUAAUAUAUAUUUUUAAUAUUUCAGCGAAUGGCAGCAGCUCUUGUGGCUGCGAAGAUUAAAUCCCUAAGAUGGAACGUCACACAAAGCGAAACAACAUUGCACACGAUUACACAACCGUGCAUCGUGAGCUUAAGAAAAGAUAUAAAGCAAUUAAUCAAUGCAGAGUUUCGUCCCUAUUCAAAAGUUUGUUUCAUAAACCAUACUUUUCCCAGACACUGUAAAAAACGUCAUGUUAGGCACACAUGAGGACAUCUCCAAACAAUGCCAUUUCAUCAUUAGAUUUUAAAAAUAAUAAUUAAAACUAUGUUUAACCAGCUUGAAAGUAUUAUCUUGCUUAGUUUGCUCAUAACCGCAAUAGACGUUGAAAAUGUGACGCGCUGCUCUCGAUUUGUGAUUAAAUUGAAUUCGUUUGGGCCCCCUCUCGGGAGGAGGAGCGGCGUGGGUUUCGCGUCGGCGUCAAGGUGAUGCCAGUCCGAAGCCUGCCAAACGAGCCCCUGGGAGUGCAAAGCGUGGCAGCGCCGUUGAUUGCAUCGCGAGGUCAUCACCGUCCGGGGGUCUUGCCCCGGCGACGAGCGGCGCACACGCCGAGGGGUAGCACAUCAACAGACGUUCGCGUGCGAUGGAAGCGUAAUUUUCUUUCUUAUAUCGCGGCACCUUUUUAUUUGUCGGUAAAAGGGAAAGAAAAAAAAAGAGAGAGAGAGUCGCGCGUAAUUUUAAUUUGGGCAAUGUUGGUGUUUAAUGUGUUCGCGCGCGUGCGCAUCGUACAUUCAUAACGUCAAAGGUGAGGCGUGGAUUACUGCCGUGUGUAGGUGUCAGGGGGCGGGGGGGAGGGGAAAUGUGACUUCUCAAUUUAAACAAAAAAAAUCCGUGAGCUUUGAGUAAAAUGGAUUAUCGUUGAAACGUUUGAAGCAGCAUCUCAUAAUGAGUCAAUGUCGCGUAUGCGUGUGGUCCGCAUGAUAGCAGUUCAAUCGCGGUCUUAAUAUGACAGCAAGACGUUUCGGGAACGGUUAUUAUUUUCAGUUCAUCUCCUAUAUUCUUCCAAUUGACACUUCUGAGUGUUGCCUCGUGACUUAAAUGUGCCUGUCCACCACCCUUUGCAGUCCGUUACUGCUCAGUGUCCUGUGGAUGUUAAUGUACCUGCAUUGCCCACGAUAAACAAAUGUACGUCCCUGAAGAUUUAUUCGUAACACAAGUGCAGUGAAAUGUGUACACAUAUGCAGAAACUACUGCUUAAUGUCCUGUAAUAAACCGUAAUGUGCAAUUAUAUGUGUAUAUAUAAACAAAAAUCAUCAACAUCAAAGGACAUGUAUUUAUUUUUAGGGGAGGAAAAAAAACCCAGCGUCGAGCGAUUUGAAAUUAAAUAGUUUGGGAUGCCCUGUUUAUUCUGCAUGGGUCUGAGUGGCAACGACACGAAAUUAACUGAAAUUCUCCAUCGCGAAGCACUUGAUUUUUUAUCGGAAAGCGAUCCAACAAUCGUUUACACAUUCUGACCCAGAAUGCAAGCCAUACUCAGCACCAUUUCAUUUUUUUGAAAAAUAGUGUUAAUUUCUUAGUAAAUUCCCUAUAUUUGUAUUUAAAAAAUGUAAUUUCACUUAUAUAUUUUUGUUUAUACCUGACAAUCUUAUUUUCUGUUCAUUUACUACAAGAUGGCUAAAACCAUUCAAGUUGUGACCUCUAAUAUGCUCACAGGGAAUGGUCCAGUGGAAGAGGCUUGCCGAUGGGCGUUUGCAUUUGGCUGACAUUCACAAUGGAAUUGUCCCUCUGUACGUUUCGUGCAAUCACAUUGCUGGGAGUCGCAGGCCACCCCCGUCCCAAAGGCGUAGUUCUGGCACAGCCAUUUGAACUGCAGUGACAUAGUUCUUGGAGCGAAUAAAUGAUUCGUUGAAGUCAACUUCUCAUUCUGCGGUUGUAUCACGCAUUGUUCGCAUUGAUGUCUGACGCUUCGCUCCACAUGUUGGAAGCUUCUUUAGGUAACGGUAUUGGAAAGGUCGGACAUCGUUCAGUUUCUCAAGAAGCAGCACACAGUACGGUGGAGUUGAACGACUGGUACAUACGGACCUACCGGAAAACGCAUAGGA